AUGCAGAAACACCAGAACACUCAGCCAGCUACCUCCGCCCAUGUCGCUGUUCCGCAAGAUGAGACAAAAGCUAUGUUGCAGCAACUGCUCCAAGGACAACAACUCCAAGGGAAGGCUCUAAACCAGGUUACUACUGAGAUCAAUACCAGAAUGAACCAUAUGUUCAGCGAUUUGAGCACCAAAUACGACAAUGUCGCGAGUCAUAUGAGGCAGAUGGACAUUCAGAUUGCUCAGACUGCUGAGAGCGUCAAGAGGCAACAAGGUACUCUACCUGGGAAAACCGACAAAAACCCUAAGGAGUGCAACGUGGUUGAGUUGAGAAGUGGAAAGCAACUCUCUGAGCCGGUAAAGAAGAGGUUCACUGCGGCUGAGAAGGGGAAGCAGAAAGAGUCGGAACAACCACCAGCCGAUGCCCCGGCAGCUGAGAAGGAGAGGGAACCAACAGUUGGAACCAAUUCGCCAAGACCAGAACAACCAGCUGAGGCUGUCCGCCCGAUUCCAGAGCCUGUUCCUACUCGCGAAUACACUCCUAAAGUCCCUUACCCGGUUCCAGCAAAGGCUACUCGUCAGGACCGAGAGGAGAUGAAGUGCAGAAAGAUGCUGGAGGACCUAACCGUCCGACUCCCUUUGAUGGAUGUGAUCCAGAUGAUGCCCUCCAUGCGCAGCUUUAUGAAGGGAUUGAUCUCAGGAAAAAUAUCAGAGGAGAGCGAAUUCAUGACUGUCUCUAAGGAGUGCAGCGCAGUGCUUCAGAACAGGCAGAUAAAGAAGCGAGGAAACCCUGGCAAGUUCGUCCUCUCUAUCCAAAUUCUGAAGAAAAUUUUCUCAUGCUCCUUGGUUGAUCUGGGAUCCAGCGUAAACCUCAUGCCCUACUCUGUAGCACGACGUCUGGGAUACACACAUUUUAAACCAACUAGGAUGUCCUUGGUGUUUGCGGAUAGAUCAGCCAAGUCCCCGGUUGGUAUUCUAGAGAAUCUCCAAGUAAAAGUCAGGAACACCUCUGUUCCAGCAGACUUCGUAGUUCUAGAGCUAGAAGAGGAAUCCAAAGAUCCUCUCAUUUUAGGAAGACCGUUCCUAUGUACUGUUGGAGCCAUCAUUAAUGUGCGGCAAGGGAAGAUUGAUCUCCAUCUGGGGGACAUAGUCAUGCUGUUCGAGAUGGAUGAGCUGCUAAAGAAGCUGAUGCUGGAUGGACAGACCUUCAAGGUGGAUGAAGGGAUUGAUCCGCUACAACCUCGCGAAGGGAUGAUCGAGGAGAUUCUUACAGAAGAUCCACUCAAGCUUGCACUAGUAAGAGCUGAGGCCGAGCAGAGUGUCGAGAACGUUGACACAGAUGGGUAUGCUAAGAUGCUUGACUCCGCAAGGAGUAUGGGAAGAAUGGUGGUGACUCUAAGUAUGGGGGAAGAGAGCAACAAGGACGAGAACACUCCAACUGGAGUGAGCUAUUUACCGAACUUGCCUGUUCCGCCGAAUCUACCUGAUGAUCCCUGGAGCGAGUUAAAGGCUCCCAAGGUUGAGCUAAAUCCCCUUCCCAAUGAGCUCAGGAAGUAUCGUAAGGCAUUAGGAUAUUCACUAGCUGACAUACCUGGUGUGAUCUAUGUCAUAUCUGAUAGUAAGUGGGUUAGCCCUGUUCAUGUAGUACCUAAGAAAGGUGGGAACACUGUUAUCCCAAAUGAAAAGAAUGAAUUGAUCCCUACUAGAACAAUCCUUAUCCAUCUAGACGAUCAGGAGAAGACGACGUUCACAUGCCCAUACGGAACGUACGCAUACAGGAGAAUGCCAUUCGACAUGUGCAAUGCGCCGGCAACAUUUCAGCGCUGCAUGAUGUCGAUCUUUACUGACCUCAUUGAAGACAUUAUGGAGGUUUUCAUGGACGAUUUCAGUGUCUAUGGAAGCUCCUUUAGUGUAUGUUUGUCAAAAUUGUGCAGGGUUCUCAAAAGGUGUGAGGAGAAACAUCUGGUGCUAAAUUGGGAGAAGUGCCACUUCAUGGUCAGAGAUGGGAUUGUUCUAGGGCAUAAGAUCUCCGAGAGAGGCAUUGAGGUGGAUAAGGCAAAGAUCAAGGUGAUGAUGAGCUUGCAACCACCACAAACUGUGAAAGCUAUCAGAAGUUUCUUGGGUCACGGAGAGUUUUACAGGAGACUGCUCUGCAAAGAGAUCAAGUUUGAUUUCGACAGCGACUGCUUAGCAGCGUUUCACACGAUCAAAGGAGCUCUAGUCAGCGCACCUAUUGUACAACCGCCAGACUGGGAUCUCCCCUUCGAGAUCAUGACUGAUGCUAGCGACUUUGCAGUUGUAGCAGUCCUUGGACAGCGCAAAGAUAAGAAACUUCAUGUAACCUAUUACGCAAGCAAAACCAUGGAUGAAGCUCAAUGCAGAUACGCUACGACUGAGAAGGAACUCCUGGCUAUUGUUUUUGCAUUCGAGAAGUUCAGAUCCUACCUGGUGGGAUCGAAGGUGAUUGUGCACACAGACUAUACUGCUCUUAAGUACUUGCUCACAAAGAAAGAUGCAAAACCGAGAUUGUUGAGGUGGAUUUUUCUUCUCCAAGAAUUUGAUCUUGAGAUAAAAGACAACAGGGGAGUCGAGAAUGGGGUUGCAGACCAUUUGUCCAGAAUGAAGAUUGAGGACGACACAGCUCUUGAUGAAGAACACACAGUGGAACACGUCAGCACGAUUGGUCUGCGCUUCGCGGAACAACCUCUGAGCAUGACAUCCGAUUGUUCUCGCAUAACGGAACAACCAGUAGCCGCAAUCCAAAAGCAGUACUCUCACCUCCCUUGGUUUGCCGAGAUUGCGAAUUUCCUUGCUGCUGAAAAGCAACCACUUAAGUUCACUGGAAACGAGAAGAGAAAAUUUUUAAGAGAAGCAAGGCAGUAUGCUUGGGAUGAACCGUACUUGUACAAACAUUGCAAGGAUGGCAUAUUCAGAAGGUGUGUUCCAGAGGCAGAUAUUCAAUGGAUCCUACAUCAUUGCCAUGGUUCUUCUUACGCAGGCCACUUCGCUACAUUCAAAACGGUUUUAAAAAUCCUUCAAGCAGGUUUCUGGUGGCCAACUAUGUUCAGAGAUGCUCACGCCUACAUAGCUCGAUGCGAUGCAUGCCAGCGACUUGGGAACAUCAGCAAAAGGAAUGAAAUGCCUCAGAACUACAUUUUAGAAGUUGAAGUGUUCGACUGUUGGGGAGUCGACUUCAUGGGACCAUUCCCUUCGUCCUUCAAGAACGAGUACAUCCUGGUCGCCGUUGACUAUAUCUCCAAGUGGGUAGAAGCAGUGGCGAGUCCCACUAAUGAUGCAAAAGUGGUGACCAAGAUGUCAGCUCCAUCAUCUUUCCGAGAUUUGGGGUGCCUAGAGUGGUCAUUAGCGAUGGCAGAACACACUUCAUCAACAAGGCAUUUCAGGGCCUGCUGA